CUAUUUCCGUUUCCGUACGGAAGCAAAGGAGCCGACACCAUGGCGAAAGCCGGGGAAAAGAGCAGCAGCAGCUGGAAGAAAAGUCUGAAACGGAAAGCCGCUGUCGAAGAAAUUCAGGAGGCUGCAGGCGCUGGGGAUGGGGCGACGGAAAGCGGGGUCCAGCCCCCGAAAGCGGCUGCUUUUCCGCCAGGCUUUAGCAUUUCGGAGAUUAAAAACAAACAGCGGCGACACUUAAUGUUCACGCGGUGGAAACAACAGCAGCGGAAGGAAAAGUUGGCAGCUAAGAAAAAACUUAAAAAAGAAAGAGAGGCUCUUGGCGAUAAGGCUCCACCAAAGCCUGUACCCAAGACCAUUGACAACCAGCGAGUGUAUGAUGAAACCACGGUAGACCCUAAUGAUGAAGAGGUUGCUUAUGAUGAAUCUACAGAUGAAUUUGCUUCUUACUUCAACAAACAGACUUCUCCCAAGAUUCUCAUCACAACAUCAGAUAGACCUCAUGGGAGAACAGUACGACUCUGUGAACAGCUCUCCACAGUUAUACCAAACUCACAUGUUUAUUACAGAAGAGGACUGGCUCUGAAAAAAAUUAUUCCUCAGUGCAUCGCAAGAGAAUUCACAGACCUGAUUGUUAUUAAUGAAGAUCGCAAAACGCCAAAUGGACUUAUUUUGAGUCACUUGCCAAAUGGCCCAACUGCUCAUUUCAAAAUGAGCAGUGUUCGUCUUCGUAAAGAAAUUAAGAGAAGAGGCAAGGACCCCACAGAACACAUACCUGAAAUAAUUCUGAAUAAUUUUACAACACGGCUGGGUCAUUCAAUUGGACGUAUGUUUGCAUCUCUCUUCCCUCAUAAUCCUCAAUUUAUUGGAAGGCAGGUUGCCACAUUCCACAAUCAACGGGAUUAUAUAUUCUUCAGAUUUCACAGAUACAUAUUCAGGAGUGAAAAGAAAGUGGGAAUUCAGGAACUUGGACCACGUUUUACCUUAAAAUUAAGGUCUCUUCAGAAAGGAACCUUUGAUUCUAAAUAUGGAGAGUAUGAAUGGGUUCAUAAGCCCCGGGAAAUGGAUACAAGUAGAAGAAAAUUCCAUUUAUAAAAGUACUGAGAGAGUAAUAUCGGAUUUUGCUGAACAGGCCUAUCUUGAAGUUGGGUAAUUUAUUUUUGACAGAAUACUCUCUUCAAAAUGGCAUUUGUUGAUUUCAUAAGCCUCUCACUCACGUUUGGACAAAUUACCAAAUGCCAUGAAUUGCCACUGUGUGUUUAUGUAGAAAAUACAAAUAAAAUUUAUUUUGAUGGCUUAGGUUUUCUUAAA